CUGGUCCCCGACGACUGACGUGCCCAUGCGCCGAGGAGACAUUCCAGCGGCAAGAUGGUGCUCUCGUUCAUUUUGAUACAGAACCGGCAGGGAAAGACAAGACUGGCGAAGUGGUACGCGCCGUACAGUGAUGAAGAAAAAGUCAAGCUCAAGGGCGAAGUCCACCGCCUCAUAGCCCCGCGCGACCAAAAGCACCAGUCCAACUUCGUCGAGUUUCGUAACAUGUCCAAGAUCGUAUACCGGCGGUACGCAGGCCUAUUUUUCUGCGCGUGUGUGGACACAAACGACAACGAGUUGGCCUACCUCGAGGCAAUACACUUUUUUGUUGAGGUGCUGGAUGCGUUCUUUGGCAAUGUGUGUGAGCUGGAUCUUGUGUUUAACUUCUACAAGGUGUAUGCGAUCCUAGAUGAGGUAUUCCUAGCAGGCGAAAUCGAAGAGACGAACAAGCAGGUCGUGCUGACAAGAUUGGCGCAUCUGGAUAAGCUGGAAUGAGCGGUAUAAAAGGAAAACGGUGACGCAAGCGCAAGCACAACCCCAUAAAACCAGUCACUGGGGUUGCACCAAGUUCUAAUGUAGUGCGGACAAACUUAAGCAGAGCCUGUUCAAGCGUACAUGAACGAGUAAUGACUUAUCAGGCGAUCCGCAGCUAUACCUAGUGAAGGAGACCAACAUACCCGUAAGCAGCAAGAGAUACCACAGAGAAUGAAUACAGGAAGGAAACGGUCCU